AUGGCCCCGUCCAUCGGAGACGACGACAUGGCCGAGCGCCUCGUGGUCUCCUCUCUUCCCCUCGAGACACGGUUCCCGCCGUUCCAGCUCAGGCAGCACGGCGGCUUCUGGUUCCCCGAGCCGAUCCUCCCGGAUAUCGUGGCCGUGCGCGCGGUGUUCGCGCCCAGGCCAUCCGACGUCUUCCUCCUGACAUUCCCCAAGUCCGGCACCACCUGGCUCAAGGCGCUGGCCUUCGCCACCGUCCACCGCGCCGACCACCCACCGUGCGCCCCCGACCACCCGCUCCGCCACCGCAACCCGCAUGACUGUGUAGAGUUCCUCGAGGUGCCCUAUGCGCUCACUCCGGACGCCGACGCAUUCGCGGCGCUCCCAUCCCCGCGCGUGAUCGCCACCCACAUGCCCUACUCCCUCUUGUCGGAGCAGAUCAUGGCGGAGGGCGCCGGCUGCAAGGUCAUGUACGUCUGCCGCGACCCCAAGGACGCCUUCAUCUCCACGUGGCUGUUCGCCAGGAAGACGGCGGUGGCCGCCGCAGCCGAGGCCGCCAACGACGACGAACCGCGGCCGGUGCCAACGUCGUUCGGUAUGGAGGAGGCCUUCGAGCUGUUCUGCGACGGCCGGUGCCCCGGCGGCCCGCAGAGGCCCCACGUCUUGAGCUACUGGGAGGCGAGCCGGAGGUGGCCAGAGAGGGUCCUCUUCCUCCGGUACGAGGAGAUGUUGGGGGACCCGGUGGGCAACAUGAGGAAGCUGGCUGAGUUCAUGGGGUGCGCGUUCUCCGGGGAAGAGGAGGCCGCGGGGGUGGCACUGGAGAUCGUCAAGCUGUGCAGCAUCGGCGCCCUGAAGAACGUGGAGGCGAACAAGAGCGGUGCUCAGAACUACGUCAAGAACGAGGCCUUCUUCCGGAAGGGGCUUGCCGGGGACUGGAGCAACCACAUGACGUCGGAGAUGGCGGCAUUGUUGGACGGGGUCAUUGAGGACGCGCUGCAAGGGUCGGGGCUCGCCUUUCCUGCCGCCGAGUCCAUGUGA